UUGAAGGUUUUGGCGCGCACAUCAACUUCCGUCAUAAACCGCACAUGCGCAAUCUUUUGAAAGCAAGCAAAAUGGCGACUCCUGCUAAAGUCACCAAGCCGGAGGGAAAAAACAACCACGAAGCUGCAGAUGAACAAGCAGACAAAGAACAGCAAGAAGCUAUCGAGCAGAUAGAUGAAGUACAGAAUGAAAUAGACAGAUUGAAUGAACAAGCCAGUGAAGAGAUUCUUAAAGUAGAACAAAAGUACAAUAAACUACGACAACCAUACUUUCAGAAGAGAUCUGACCUCAUUGCAAAAAUUCCAAAUUUCUGGGUGACAGCUUUUGUAAAUCAUCCCCAAGUUUCAGCACUGCUGAAUGAAGAGGAUGAGGAAGCACUACAGUUUUUAACCAAAGUAGAAGUACAAGAAUUUGAAGAUAUAAAGUCAGGUUACAAAAUUAACUUUCACUUUGACAGUAAUCAGUACUUUGAAAACGAAGUAAUAUCAAAAGAGUUCCAUUUAAAUGACACAGGUGAACCUUCAUCGAAAUCAACUCCAAUAAAAUGGAAAGCUGGAAAGGAUCUCACAAAGAAAUCAAGUACACCAAGUAAAGGUGGCAGAAAAAGGAAUUUAGAAGAACAAGAAUCAUUUUUCUGUUGGUUUAGUGACCAUGGUGAUGCUGGUGCUGAUGAGUUAGGGGAAGUUAUCAAAGAUGAUAUCUGGCCUAAUCCAUUACAAUACUAUUUGGCUUCAGAAAUAGAGGAAGACGGUGGUGACGAUGAUUUAGAUGAAGAAGGAUUAAUGGACGAAGAGGAAGGGGAUGAGGAUGAUUUUGAGGAAGGAGAUGAUGAUGGUGAGGAUGAUGAAGGUGGAGAAGAUGAGGGAGAGGAUGAAGGAUGAGGAGUUCCGAAUGUAGUUGUUGUCAUUUUGUCAUUCAUCACCCACCAGUCGUUGUCAUCUGUCAUAUCACAUUAAAGAGACUACAGAGACCAAACAAUCAUUGUGUCCAUUAAAUUAUGAUGGUUUACAUUUUUACGAAAUGUUUUAGUUCAUUUUAGUAUACAUUGUGAAAUAAGUCCAUUCAUCAUGUUGUGUGAUGGAAGUUCUCCAAGAUCAUGUGAUUGGUUUAUGGAACAUCUUCAAAAUCUUACGGAACAACAAGAAAUUUUCACUACAUUCUUUUUUUUACAUUAUCUAUCAUAUCAUUUAAGGUUGCAGUAGAUAUUUAUCAUGUUUCUAUUCAGCCUUCUAAUUUUAUAAAUGUUAAUGAAUAAUUACAACACAUUUUUUUUUAUAGUUCUUCAUCAAUACAAGUGUCCCUCUUACAAUCUUUAGAUUGCCAUAGUAAUGUACAACUAUUAUUUUAUCCAUCACCAUAAUCAUGUCUCUUGGUCUUGUAUGUUGGUAAAAAAAAAAUACAUUAGAAAUAAUAAAUUAGGAAAUUUUAGUUCUAUUUAGUCAUUUAAAAUAAAACUUUAUCUUCGUUGCAAAACCAGCUUGACCAAUGAAACUUUAAGCAUGUUUUUUAUUUGUUUGCCUAAUGCAAAGUAGGGUUUAUAUUGUUAAAAAAUGUUUUUUGCUUUGAAAUCUGAAAUAUACAUUUUUGAUUGCAUGGAAUUGUUAUUUCAGUAAAAUAUCAUAUUAUGUGCAUUUCUAAAUAAAUAUCAAGUAUAAGUUAACAGUAAAAAAAUGGAAAGUUUAACCUUUCAUUUAAAGUGUACCAAAGAACACCAACUUCAGCUUAUUUUAAAAUAGAAUAGUGCUCCGAUACAUAAAUGAAAUGCCCAAAAUUCAAAAGAAUUGCCUUCAAGAAUAUAAAAACAGCCAGAAAUUGCUCUUGUUUUGAAAUAAUAAGGUUCAUGUUAACCAUGGCGUUAAAAAUAUAUUUCAAAGUAAAAAGUAAAAGGAAAAUUUUAUAGAUAAGAACUUACCUAAGGGUGAACAAACUACUGACAAGGCAUUGGAAAUAUUGUACUGUAUUGUUGAUCAUUUUAAUUUGUACAAACCGUUACUUAAUCAGGUAUCGAUAAACUUAUGUUAAAUGGUUUAUUAUAGUUAACUUGCUGUUAUACUUUUGUAACUGAAUAUAUCAACCAAAAACAAUGGAAAUCCAGGUUGUUAAAAAAAUUACAUUGUUGACUUUUGCUGCAUCAUGGGUUAAAACUAGUUUUAUUUGAAAUGUAACUCUCCAUUGUGGAAUGUGCAUUUUUGCUUACAAAAAAAAGUAUUUUGAAGUAUUUCUGUAAACUGAUAGCAUGAUAUUGAUGAAUAUUUCAGGUCCAAAUAUAAAUUCUGGAAACAA